ACCUAGCCGGCUGCAGUUGUUCGGUCAUCGCUGUCAGGUAGCUUGGUGAAGGUCGGGCUUCUUAAAGGGCCAGGCGCCUCUCCCCCAGCGGAGACAAAAUGAGUCCCAUUCUAGCCUUCUGUUCUCUGCUGGCUCUGGUGUCGGCCGGACCUACCCAGUACUUCAGGGAGGAAUUCGGGGAUGGAGAUGCUUGGGCAAGCCGUUGGGUAGAAUCAAAGCAUAAAUCAGACUAUGGAAAAUUCAUACUUUCUUCUGGCAAAUUCUAUGGAGAUGCAGAGAAGGACAAAGGACUUCAAACAAGCCAAGAUGCUCGUUUCUAUGCCAUUUCUGCUAGCUUUGAUUCCUUUAGCAACAAGGACAAGACUCUGGUGGUGCAGUUCACAGUAAAACAUGAGCAAAAUAUUGAUUGUGGAGGUGGAUAUGUAAAACUGUUCCCUUCAACCCUGAAGCAAGAAGACAUGCAUGGAGAUUCUGAAUACAACAUCAUGUUUGGUCCUGAUAUCUGUGGUCCAGGUACUAAGAAAGUACAUGUGAUUUUCAACUACAAAGGCAAAAAUGUUCUGAUCAAUAAAGAUAUUCGCUGUAAAGAUGAUGAGUUCAGCCAUCUGUAUACCCUUAUUGUUCGACCUGAUAAUACAUACGAGGUUAAGAUUGACAACAAUAAAGUAGAGUCUGGCACCUUGGAGGAUGACUGGGAUUUUUUGCCACCAAAGAAAAUUAAGGAUCCAGAUGCAAAGAAACCAGAUGACUGGGAUGAAAGAGCAAAGAUAGAUGAUCCUGAAGAUACAAAACCAGAGGACUGGGAUAAAGCAGAACAUAUUCCUGAUCCUGAUGCCAAGAAACCCGAGGACUGGGAUGAAGAGAUGGAUGGGGAGUGGGAACCACCAGUAAUCCAGAAUCCAGAAUACAAGGGAGAAUGGAAACCUCGUCAAAUAGAUAACCCCAACUACAAAGGGAAAUGGAUUCAUCCCGAGAUAGAUAAUCCUGAAUAUACCCCUGAUCCAAAUCUGUACUUUUAUGAGAACUUUGGUAUUUUGGGUUUGGAUUUGUGGCAGGUGAAAUCUGGCACAAUUUUUGACAACUUCCUGAUCACUGAUGAUGAGAAGUUUGCUGAAGAAUUUGGCAAUGAAACAUGGGGUGCUACUAAGGAUGCUGAAAAGAAAAUGAAAGAGCAGCAGGAUGAAGACCAGCGAAAGAAGCAGGAAGAAGAAGAUAAGAAGAAGAAAGAAGAGGAAGGAGAAGAGGAACCCGAGGGUGAAGAUAAUGAAGAGGAGGAGGAGGAAGAGGAGGAGGAAGAAGAAAAGGAAGAGGAUGAAGAGGAAACAGAGGGCCCAUUGAAGGACGAGCUGUGAUUGGGGGUUGUUGGGUAUACUUGUUGGUUGAGCCUUGCCCUGGACUUGUACCAUGCAGUUGAACCCAACUAAGGAGAGGGGAUAACAGUAAUGUCUCUAUGAGACACAAGAACUUUCUUUUUUAUUGGUGUGUUUGUCUUAACUCCUUCCCAAAUAUCAUCAAUUACUCAUUCAUGUGUGUAGGGGGGGAAACUAGAACCUGCAUCAGAAGAAGGCUAAUUGUAGGAAUACAGCCCUUGGAAAGGGGAUUAUACCAUUGACCCUUCCCCCUCUUUGUGGCCACUUUUUCAGUAAAAAUUUGCCUCUACUAGCCCUUCACAAUGGAUAUAAAAAGCAAAACUCUUGUGUCCAUCUAAAGUUUGCCUUUAUCCUUUGAAGGUACAGGGGAGUGUCCAGUGGGGCGAUAGGAGGGCUUGGUAGGAUAGGUAGCUCCAGAUUUCAAAGACAUUGAGACAACCAGUAUUAUACCAUGAGUAAGGCCAGUGGUAUUGAUAUUGAGAGAUCCUGACUCCCGUCAGGGAAUAGGCACUGUCCUUCGGUGCCUACUAUACACAUUAGGUGCUUCAAAAGCACAGUGUUCUGAGCAAAUUUAAUUUUUAAUUCUGAAUUCUAGCUUUUAGCCUAUUUCCUUGGGUGUUGGGUUGUUCAGGGAGCUGUUUGUAGAGCCCCAGCAGGAAGGUAAGAGUAGGAAUUGGGGUGGGUGUUCACAUGGUCUCUCUUCAGGCAGAGAGGAAGGGUGGGAGGGGUUUCUGCCAAUGGAAAGAACAGUAUCAGAUGGGUCAUCCCACUUGUUCACACUUGAAUGUAUGGAAGAUUGAAGAAAAUUUCUAUUAAAUUAAACUUCACGUCUGGCCCAUAUGCUGAUCUUUAGUUGUCUUUUUUGCUUGGGGCUAGAUGGGAAUUGCAGUUUAACAAACGUUUUUGGUAUUAUAAUGCAUGGUGAUACUAGACCCUUGGAGACCCAGUUUGGUAUGGUGGUUAAGGUAUCUGGCUAGAAACUGGGAGAUUGUCAGUUCUAAUCCUGCUUUAGGCAUAAAGCCAGCUUUGUAACCUUGAGCCACUCACUUUCAGCCCUAGGAAGGAAAUAACAAACCACUUGAAAAACCUUGCCAAGAAAACUGCAGUCUGAGAAAUGGAUACAGUGGAAUGGAAAAACGACCCUUAUAGUAGUACAUAUUCUUGAGAACAACUAGAUCCUUGUGGAAUUUUGAGAAUAUAAAUUGUUGAGUGACCCAUUCAGACUUAUGAGAUGUUAAAGCAUGACAAGAUGGAGGACAAGCUGUCAAAGGAAUAUUUAAUGAGUGCAUUCAUUUUCUGUAAUUGAACGCAGUCCUCUUGACUUGGUCAGGUCAGUAAACAAAACUAUACCACCUCCAGCACUUUUUCCCCAGGAAAUUGGAAUGGGAUAUUGGCAAGCUAGCUGCAAGAUUUCAUUGCAAAUUUGCGGAGAAGUUGACCACAAUAGUUCGAUAAUGUAGUACAGGCAGUGGUGGGAUUCAAAUAAUUUAACUACCGGUUCUCUGCCCUAAUGAUUUUUUCCAACAACCAGUUCACCAAACUGCUCAGAAAGUUAACAACCGGUUCUCCCGAAGUGGUGCGAACUGGCUGAAUCCCACCACUGAGUACAGGUAAUCUGCAUACAAGUAAAAGCUCCGCUUUGAGCAAGAGUCGUAAAGUUUUGUUUACGCAGCUAAUCUUAAUUCAUGUGGUAUUUAGGGUCGUCGAGUUUGUUAAUGUUUGGAAAUAAACCCUGGAUCGGCUGAUUUCUAGCAAAACAAGCGUUUACGGCGAAACCUGAGUCUGCUCUCCCUCCUAACUAAAGCGUCAGUCGAACGUCGCCGAUCCUCGCACCGAUCCCUCCGGGAGCCGUGCGCCGCGGAACACUAAAAAUCCCAAGACAAACCGGAAGCCAAACAAUGUGGCGAAGCGGCCCAUAGCUCCUCUCCGUCUCUAUGGUGAAGGCUUCUUUCCUGUCUCUCAUCACGUGGGAAGUCAGCCUGGGAGCGGAAGCGGCGCGAAGUGCGCGUAAAAUGGCGGCGUCGUGAAGUUGCAUGUUGUGGGGGGGCCUCCGCUGAGUCCGUUGGGAGGAACCGCCAGUUUUCGCCGCAGCCUCCCUCCGUCACCUCUCGCCAUGGCGGUGACCGUCACACUGAAGACUCUGCAGCAGCAGACGUUCAAGAUCCGAAUGGAGCCUGACGAGACG